ACAAUUGGCCCUCCAUAGCCGGUGCCGGAUCUUCACCCGAAAUUUAUUUCUGGCUACGGAUGUGAUCUUAGUUAUCGGUGGGAGUCGUAGUCCCUCAACAUUUAAAAGGAAAGAUAUUUCGUUCUCCGCGUUCGAGAAACAAUAUCACAAACAUAUUUUGCUUCCAUGUAACUAAUAGUGCAAUAUUUGACAAACUUGUCAGAAACGGAAUAGUUAACGCCCACCAUCAGCGAGUAACACGUCGCGGCUGUAUGACGUCAGAGCGCUUAAGAUACGUUCGGUCAAUGAGUUAAACGCACUGACGGCAGUUUCCCCAGAAGCUUUAUCUUCUACCGAAAAAUAACGGUAAGGGAGCAAACGAAAUACACACGGAUAUAAAAUUAAACGUUUUGUAAUUUCAGACAAAAAUGCUUUAACGAAAUUACUGCCCUACGUAAGCGGUCAGUUAUGGAGCCGUUCGCAGUUAGCGCUUUAGCGAGCAAUUUGUGAAGACAGGCGAAACCGAUGGUACAAGCAACAAGAUUGAUAUUCGUUUAGGAUAUAAUAUUUAUAGGGCAUGAAAUUAUAUGUGUGUAAAUAUAUGUAUAUGCGUCAGUUCCGUUUUUCUGAGGUGAAGACGCUUUUUGGGGUACUCACUUUUUGAUAUUGCGCGCCAUUUCCGAACAGCCAAUUAGAUCGUACGUAACGGAUCACGUGGCGGAGCUCUUGUUACUUGUGUGUACUUCGUGCAAAUAUCUUGAAAAAAAAAGAAAUGCAUAUUAAAACGUGACUUGUACAUUAGAUUUCAAUUGCGUGUUUAUGUUCUGUGCUACAUGCUUCUUAAGUGUUUAUACCACUGCUGUAAACGCGGAAUUAAACUACAUCGCCCAUUAUAUGCAGAGGAAAAUAUUUCAUUUAAAACUUUUUUUUUAUUUUUUUAUUUUUUUAACAGAGCUGUCCUUUUAAUCUGACUGAUUUCUCCCAUUUAUUUCCUUUUCUGUUGUUGCUUAUUAUCUCAAUUUCAUAACAAUUGUUGGACUGUUCAGAUACCUGUGUGCUUUAAUAAGAUCUGUAUGAACUGGACAGGUACAGUCCCCCAGUUCUAGAAGUUCUGACAUGCUUGAUGGAACUCAGUUUGUGGAGGCCGUCUCGCGGCUGGGUUACCCCGGCGCUGCGGCCCUCAAGGGCGAGGACUUUGACUGGCUCUUUGAUGUUGCGGAGCUCCGGCAGUUCCUGCAUUUCUUCUGUGGUAGCAUCACGUUAAGCCACGUGCUUGCCCCGGAUGAGGUGCAGGCGUUCCAGGCACUCCGUGAGGCAGGGAAGCCCAUCCUGGAUGAAGCAGCACUGGCAGAGACCUUGAAGGCAUGUCAGACAGCCCCGUCACGGGACCCCGGCAAUCUAGCGGCCUGGCUGGAGGAGGCAGAUGUGGCCCAACUGGAAGGGGAGCUUCAGGCCCUACGGCAGGAGAAGAAGCUGAAGCUGAGGCGGCACCGCAAGAUGCAGGUUCUGGCUGCCUCGCGUGCAGACGUCGCUCUGCGCCUGGCCGGCCGGCAGGAAGAAAGCUCUCUCAGGCUGAAGGACACGGUCGCCACCCUGGGUGCCGAAAAUGCAGAGACAAACUCGACAUUGCAGGCGCUCUCACAGGAGGUGAAGAGGCUGGCCACCUUCCUUUCCACUGAUUUGGAGGACCAUGCUGGACCCCCUGCCUCCCUGGUCCCUGGGCCCUCAGUUUUCUUCUCCCAGCUCUCCCUGGAGUCGUACCUCCAGCAGGAGGAGGCCAACACGAAAACCCUGGCCCUUCUCGCUCGAAAGCAGUUCUUCCCGGGGGUUUUCAAUAUGGUGGAUGCCUCGAAUUCCGAGAACUUCCAGCUGCUGGACUUCAGCAGCUGCUUAGGAGAGAGGGAUGGAGGCGCUGUGGAGGCUCACUGCACAGAGAUGACGCGGUUGCAGUGGGCCCACGUGGUGGCACAGCACGGGCUUCUCCAGAGCCGCGCUGAGGAGCAUGCAAUCAGUGCUGGCCUGCAGUGGAUCGCAGAGCGUGUGUGUGGCAAAGUACAGACUCAGACGCGGGCCUCCAUGGCUGGCCUCCAGGCCUGUGAAGCAGAGCUCAGACGGCAGCUAGGGACCCUGGAGGCCGAGCUGGAGGCUCUGGCCCACGGCCGCACGCCGGAGGCCCUGCGAGCGAGCGCCCUGCUGCUCAGCGUGCCCGUGGUGCGCGGGGAUUUCGACCUGCAGGUGGCGCACCAGGACUACUACACGUCGCGGCAGGAUGGGCUGUGCAGCGUCCUCCUGCGGCAGAAGGCCUCCCUAGAGCUGCUGCAGCUGGCCCACGAGCUGGAGCUGCGCCGUGAGCGGCUGCUGUGCCGGCAGCUGGGAGAAGCGGCCCAGAGGCUGGAGGCAGCGCAUACCGCCUCGGCUCGGCGCCUCCAGGUCUACGCGCGGCCCGAACUCUGUCUCGCACCCAGGCCCUGCUCCAUUAUCACUGCCAAGGACGCUGCCUUCAGCAGGCUCUACAAGGUCUUGGAGGCCGAUGGGGGGCCCGAACAGGACCAGCCCUUUCGCACCUACGAGGGCCUUGCACAGGCGGCGCUGAGCCUACAGGAGGCGCUGUGCUCGGCCCAGGAGGCUCUGGCCGCUGCUGCCCGGGGGCAGGCCUUGGGCGCUGCCCGUCUGGAGGGCGACUGUGACACGCUCCGUGAGGCCACGUACUGCCGGCUGCAGCAGCCAGUGCUGAAGCCGCAGGAGCUGAAGGAGGCACUACAGCAGCUGGAGUCGCAGCUCGACAGCCUCAACAAGCUGAUGAAAGAGAUCCUGGUGGACAUCCGUGGCAAGCGGGACCAGCUGGAGCGCAGCUCCGUCCUGCGGCAGGAGCGGGACCUCUAUGUCGCCUUCCAUUUGGACCCCAAGCAGCUGAGGAAGACCGUAGAGGAGCUGGAGAGUCUUGUGGUGCGGCCUGGGAGCCGCCCAUAGAGAUCCAUGGCGUGAUGCCCCAGGCUGUGCUGUGUGUGAGACUGGGCUUCAUUUGGGAAGCAGCCUUUGACAAGCCCAUGACUGAUGUCAGUCUGUUUGAACAUGUGACUUUCUCGCUGAUCACAGCUGGGCUGAUUUCGAAGGCAGCAGCUUUCAGAAUACAUUUUACCUCCAGACCGUUUUGUUCACCUUGUGUGGCGGAAUGUGCUUCCCACCUCCAGAAACUGCCUUCUUCACACGGUUUAACCCUGCUUUUGGUAAUUCAUUCAUUAAGCUGAAAUGUCAACCAGUCUGAGUUUUAGCAGCUUGGAAAGGCUUUGGUUUCUGCUAAUACUUUGUUUUAUUCUUGCUAGUGACAAGGCACCGAUCAAAAAUAAAUUGCAACGUGUGUCCUCAUUAUUAAUGUGUGUUCACUUGCAUUUGUAAAAUUUGUGUGUAUUGCGCAUGUCAUUUAUACUUAGACCUGCUUUGUAACAUUCAGUUACAGUUUACUGUAAUGUACUGUCGUGUUAUCAGCUGUUUUAUUUUUUUGUGAUUAGGCAGGAGACUGACAGACCCCACUCACUCGGGAAGGUUCCUCUGGGAAAUUCAGUUUCUAGCAGCAACAAUACACCAGCAUAAUACUAUGGUUACCCAGUAAUAGAGCAAUAAAUCGUUUCGGGAUGAUUGUACAAUAAUUAUUCAAUAUUACUGUCAUGUGGUCUGUUGUACAGUUAGUAAAAAGUCUCCCCUGUUGUUCCCCA